AUGUGCAACCACCGCCCAGUCCGGCUGCCGCUCGCCGAGGCGCAGAUUGGGGUGGGUAUCAUUGCUGCACCACUCGGGCUGCGCAUGUCAGGGAUGGAAUCGCGCACGGCCGAGGCCAUCAUUCUUGCGGCAAUGAGCGGCGACGGCGACGAAUUAAGACGGCUUCUGCCCACCAACGAGACUCCAGAGGAGGGGGGCGAGCCCGGCUCGGAAGAGUCGACUGAUGCCACAGCGAACGGGUGGAGCGUGACCGACGUGUACGGCAGUGGGCCGCUGGCGCUCGCCGCAUCGGGCGGCCACGCCAACGCCGUUGGGCUGCUGCUGAAGGCGCGGGCAGCACCCGACGAGAGCAAUGAGCGCAAUGGCCAAACAGCUUUGCUCCUCGCGGCCGAGAAUGGGCACGACGAGGUCGUGGCGGCGUUGCUCAGUGGCGGCGCAGACCCAGCCACAGCGGCGCACGACGGCACCACCGCGCUUCACGCUGCGGCAAGGUCUGGAAGCGAGGGCGUUGCCCGGCUGCUGCUGCAGCGGAAGGAGGAGAGUGAGGAGGGAGAGGAGCUAGAGCUGUCCGCCGCGCCCGCAGUGUCCGCCGAUGCCGUCGAUGCUUCUGGGAUGACGCCGCUUAUGGCGGCGGCGGCGGCAGACAGCGCCGCCGUCUGCGCGCUCUUGUGUGAAGCAGGUGCGUGCCUUGAGGCGACGGAUGAGAAUGGCUGGUCGCCGUUCCUCCACGCGGCGGCCGCCAACGCUGUCAAUGCCGCCGCAGUGCUUUUGCAGCGCGGUGCGAGCCGCGACCACCAGAGCUUCGGCGGGCAUACCGCGGAGAAGAUGCAACCAGAUCUACUAGGAGGAGUCUCGUUGACCGCGCCCGACGAGUCGCGGCCGAUGGCCACCGCCGCGGGCCCGCAGUGGCUGGAGGACUCCAACCCGAAAGCGCGCCGCGCAGCUUCUUCCUUUGAGCACACUCGGGCUGUGUCGAGCCGGGCAGUGGGGGGUGAAAGCAGCAGCAGCGCGAGCGGCGCGGGCGGCACCGAGCGUGCGCCCUCGGCUGCCCUCGCCGCCUUCAACCGCGCAAAGUCGGGCGACAAGGCCGUCGCGGCGCUCGUGAGCUAUGACCACGUCGACGGCGAGCCGGAGAGCAUCGCUGCGUUCCUGCUCGCAAACGACGGCAAGCUCGACGCGUCCAAAGUGGGCGACUACCUGGGCGGGCGCGACGCCGCCGCGCGCGAGACGGCGCGCAUCGUCAUCGGCUCGCUCUCCCUGCGCGGCGUCCCGCUCGACAGCGCGCUGCGGCUGAUGAUCUCCUUCAUCAAGCUGCCGGGCGAGGCGCAGAAGAUCGACCGGCUGAUCGAGGAGUUUGCGGCGCAGUGGCACGCGUCCAACGUGGGCGCGCUCGACCACCCCGACACCGCGUAUCUGAUCGCCUUUUCGCUCACGAUGCUCAACUCGGACGCGCACUCUGCGCAAGUGAAAAAGAAGAUGACGCGCGAGCAGUACCUGGGCCAGCUACGGGGCACGUGCAAGGACGGCUCGUCGCCCGACCCGGCGAUGCUCUCCGGCUUCUACGCCCGCGUCACGCGCCUCGAGUGGUCCGUCGAGGAACGGCACCUCAUGCGCAUCGUCCGGCAGGGCUGGAUGGCAAAGAAGAGCCGCCGGAAGGUCGCCGCGCAGGACCGCAGGCUCUUCGCUGUCCUCUCGUCUCGCGCCCUCUACUUUUACGCCGAGCAGGCAGACCUCGAGCCAGUCGCGUACAUCCGGCUCGAGGGCAUGGCCGUGGUGCCGCGCCGCCUCGGCUUCGAGGUGCGGCCGGCGGCGCCCGUCGUCCUCGGUAAGGACGGGCGCGACUCCGAGGUCCGGAUGGUCAAGCUGCUCGACCGCGGCGAUGGCGCCCUCGCCAAGGAGCCGUCGCGCCACUCCUCCUUCGCCUUCGUCGUCGACACAGAGCGCGACGCCGCCGCCUGGGUGUGGGCGAUCCGGGACUGGACACUCGACGUGCCCGACCUGCCGCCGCCCGCGCCGUCCGCCCCCGACGCCGACGGCCGCCGCCGCCGCGCGACGCUCGGCGGGCACGGCGGCGACGCAGACUCGAUCGCCUCCGUCGCCGCUGCUCACAAGGCCUCGCGCCGCGCCUCCUCGUUCGCGCGCAAGCGGCGCGCCUCGGCGGCCGCCUCGGCGCAGCGGCCGGCCGAGUCGCCCGACGUCGGCGCCUCCGCCUCCCUCUCCCUCCGAGAGCAGAGGGCGAUGCAGCUCAACUCUCCCGCCGGCGCGCCUGCCGACGUCGCGACGCACCACGCGAUGUCGCUGCAGGCCUCGCGCGCGCCGCGGAACGCCCUCGCGGCGCUCGAGCGAAAGUACGAGGGCGUCGAGCAGCGCACGGGCGGCAAUGGCUCUCGCCGCCUCUCCAUGCCUCCGCCGCCGCCGCCCUCCGCCUCCGCGGCCGCCCUCGUCGGCGGGCCGAGCCCCGCCCCGCUCGACGAGGCGGCGGUAGACGGGAUGAUGGCUGUCGUGGCGGUCUGGCUUGCGGAGCGGGCGAUGGAGCUUGAGCCGGCGGCGGAGGGGGCGGUGCGGCGGCUGGUUGCGAUGCCGAAGUACGCAUGUGAGGACGACGUCGAGGCGCUGCUCUACGGCGCGUGCGCGCGGCACGAGGAGCGUCUCGAGAGCGUCUCGCGUCGCGACGGCGCCUCUCGCGCCGAGGUCGAGCGGUUGGCGCGCACCCUCUGCGCAGAGGACUUCCCGCUGCCGCCCCACCACCCCGCCGCGUUUGGCUCGUCGCGCGCAAACACGAUGCCGGUGCUGCCCACGCAGCGCGGCAACGCGCCGCGCCGCCCGCUCGACGAGGGCUCGUCGGACGGCUCCGCCCCCGCCUCCCCAACCGGCCGGCGGAGAGCGUCGCCCGAGUCGCGGCACGUCUCCUUUGGCGCGCAGGGUGUCCACCCGCUCGCGUCCGACUCGGACGAGGCCCUCUCCUACUCCGAGUCGUCGCUCCGGCCGGGGAGCGAGUCGGAGGCGUCGCUGCGCAUGGAGUCGUCCCUCGAGCGCCUCUCCGAGGACCUGUCCGAGGACUCGUCCCGCAGCACCGCACCGCAGCAGGCUGCCUUGCCCGAGCAAGCCGGCGCGGAGGCGCACGCGCCCGAGGUGCCGCCGAUGAGCGACGCGGAGCGGCAGGCGUACAGCGGCCUCUUCGCCUCCGCCGCCGCCGGCCGCACGACCGUGACGCGCCCUGCCGCGGAGCCGAUCUUUGCAAAGGCGUCCACGUCCACGGAGGACAUCGACCGCAUCUGGCGGAUGUGCGUGGAGGCGCGCAGCCGGCGCGCCUCCGCCGCCCUCCCGCCCGAUGAGCUGACGGCGGACGAGUUCCGCGCCGCGCUCCACGUCGCCGCCGCAAAGUUCCGCGGCUUGCUCCCCGAGGGGCUGCCGCGCCGCAUGCCGCCCGGCCUCCUCCCCGCCGCGGCGGAGCCUGAGGAAGGGGUCGCGCCGGUCGGGCCGCCGCCUCCGCCCGUCGUCGUCCCGGGCGACGCCGCUGCGAGGGCCACCGCCACGGACAGCGCCGCGGGCAGAGCCGCGGCCGCCACUGCGGACAGCGCCGCCGCCGCGGCGGCGGCAGCCGCAGCCACCGCAACGGAGCGGCACGCCCGGCUGAGAGCCACCGCGAGCGGUUCGUCCGAAGCUGCGGGCGCAGCGCUGCGGGAAGAGCUCCCGGAGGCGCUGCGAACUGCGACGGCCGACGCUUCCGCCGCGCAGGCGCGGCUGGGAGCCGAGUCGGACGGGCUGCUUGCCCUUCUUCGCACCGGCCGGUCGCACGGCGCCUCCUCCUCCACCACCACCGCCGCCGCCGUCUCCUCUGCCGCUGCCGCCGCCUUGCAGAUCUCUCGGCUGAUGGAGGAGUCUGCCCUCUCGGAGCCGCUCGAGAAGCCGCCGCCUCUCGGCACUCCGCUCGCCGAGGUGCUAUGCGCCGCCGUGGGCGUCGCCGACCGCCGCCACUACAGCGCCCCCUCCUCCGCGCCGUGGCCCGGGCUCGGACGGCCGGCGUGGCUGCGCGCGCUGCAGGCGGGCGGGGUGUUGCUCCGCUGGAGGAAGGACUGGCCCGCCGCGCCGCCGGCGCCCUUCUUCUUCUGGGUCGAGCCGUGCGCCCCCGCCACGGGAGCCAGAGGCGAAGGCGGAGGCGGCGGAGGCGGAGGCGGAGGCGGAGGCGGAGGCGGAGGCGGCGGAGGCGGCGGAGGCGGAGGCGGCGGCAGCGGCGGGCGGCCGGUGGUUGCGUGGCGUGAGCCGGCCGCGGCGGGCGGCACGGAGCGGCUGGCGCUGCUGCCGAACCAGUCGCUCUCGCUCAGCUCGAUGGCGGAGGCCGGGCCGCUGGCGGGGCCCUCGCUGGAGGAGGCGCGCGGUUUCGCGGCGAGGGGCCUCCUCGGGGAGGGCCUCAGCGACGCCGCACUGCUGCACUGCUGCCUGCUGGUGAGGGGCUCUCCCCCGGCGGGGGGCGAGGGGUCGCCGGCGCCGACGGAGCUGCUCCUCCUCGCGCCGGACCGGGCCAGUCGCGACGGGUGGGCCGCCAACCUCGCCGAGGCGGUGGCGGCCGCGCGUGCGCUCAACGCGGGCCGGCGCGAGGCUGUCGAGGAGAUCCGUGUCGUCGAAGGGGUGGGGAAAGGCGAGCGGAUGCCGGUGGCGGUGGCGGACGCCGACAAGGCGAGGGUCGGGAGGCUCACCCCCAGCCACGGCGCGAAGCGGCUCGUCUCCCGCAGCCGAGCGUCUUCGGUCGGCCUCGCCGACGGGUCGGACCGCGUCGGCGAGCGGCUGGGGAGAGCGCGGGCGUCGCGCUCCGCGUCCGCCUCGAGCUUCGCUUCCGUCGGCUCGAGGGAGGAGCUGGGCAGCGGCGCCCCGUCGCCGACGGACGACUUGCGUGCAUGAUGUGCAUCCCUCGUCUGCGAAUGUAUGUGUCGAUCUCGUCCCAGUGUGUACACAACUCUCUAUACAACUCGUCAUCACGCGUAACCGUAUAAGCCCUUCUCGUGUCCCGUGUCGUGUGGAAGGAGGUGCCAUGAUUGUACCAUGUGAGCGAGCAAGCUCUCUACUU